AUGCCCGUUAGCUUGUGGCCGCACGGGCGAUGCCACCGGAUCUUGCCAGUCAACCAUCCUGCGCGUCCGCGGAAACUCGCUGCUCCCUUGGCACAGCCUUGGAAGAGCCACCUGCCAGCUGUUCCGCCUCGCCCCUCCUAUCUAGCAUCUGCUAUCUAUGUUCGCGUCCUCUCCGUCCUCUCCUCCUUCCCCCGCCGGCUGCCUAUUCUUGGUAUCGUCUGCACCAUCCUCACUUCGCGAUUGGCUAGUAUGCCGCACUCGUUCCUGUCGAUCGCCUCCGUGCCCGCCAUCGUCUGUGCCGAAUCUUGA